CACUGAAUGAAGAACUAUCUCCGUCGUAUUGAGAGCUUUUUGAUUUUAAACAGGUGUAAACUUUUAACUCAGGUAGAUUGAUAGUGCAUCAGUGUCAUUUAUUUGAAAGGCUUAUUUACUGAAUUUGAUCUCAUUUUCUGUAACAGCUAUAUAUAUAUUCGGCACACCUGGUCAGUUCGUGGGGAAAAUUUAACAUGACUUCCACAGUUGAGUGUGGUAUAUGUCAUUAUGAUGAUACUAUCAAAGAUGCAAGACAGUGGUGUACAAAUUGUGAAGAAGGACUUUGUGAGGACUGUGAAAAAGUUCAUAGAUCUACCAAAAAUACCAGAACCCACAAAAUCAUUUCCAUUGAUGAUUAUCGAGAAAUAAAGGAUGUGUUGGUAAGCCAUGUAUGCGAGCAACAUGGGAAAAGUUACGAUUUGUACUGUCCUACACACGAUAACACUAUAUGUAUCGUAUGCAUCGAUCAACAUAAAUCCUGUUCUCAAGUCAUUCCACUAACCGAAGCUGUUGUAAAUAUAAAAGAGUCUACUGCACUUUCGGACUUAGAAAAUAAGAUAAAUGGAGCGCUGCAUAAUAGUAAAAAAAAUAUCAUAGAUAUUAAGUCAUCUGCUGAAGCAUUCGAUAAACAAGAGGAAAAUAUUAAGAAAUGCAUCAAGGAAGUGCGAGAAGAACUGAAUAAACAUUUAGAUGAAAUGGAGCAGAAAUUGACCGAAGAUUUUGCAACAAAAUAUGAAUAUUGUAAUACUGCAUACGCAAAUACAAUAAAGCAACUAAUCUCAUCAGACGACAAGUUAGCAAAUUUGAAAAAUGAAACUGAAAGCAUAAAACGAUUUGCGUCAGAUGAGCAAAUAUUCCUAGGAACGCGUGCAAUUGGCAAAGUGGUUGAAAAAGAGAUAACUUCCAUUAAAACCAUUUAUAACGCUGUUCAAUCAUAUGAAAUAAACUUUGAACUUGAUGCAAACAUUUCAUCAUUUUUAGACAACGUAAGUCACCUCGGCAGCAUAUUAGUUAAAGAAGAAAAUGUCAAUUUACAGUUUAAGGAACAAAAAUUAAAUCAAGCCCAAAUGCAAGUUUCUCUGCCACUCGUUAAUGUCGUACAUGAACUCCAAUUGAAACACAUGUUUAAAUUAGAAAAAGCUAGCUUGAAGAUGGUCGUGACCGGUUGCAUUAUGUUAGCAAACGGAGAUAUGCUAAUUGCUGAUCAUUGGAAUAGAAACAUAGUAUUGAUAUCAAAUGAAUCUGAUAAACCUGCCAAAUACAUUAACAUUUCUGAUUUUCCCUAUGAUAUAACAAUGAUAGAUCAUAAUCUUAUUGUUAUUACACAUGGAACUAGUAGUAAUACGUUGGAUGUUCUAAAUCUUUAGUACAGGUGUUGUUGAAAAGGAGAUUUAAACUCAACAAUUUGCUAAGAAUCAUUCUACAACAGAAGAUUGUUUCGGAAUAUCUUACUGGGACAAUAAACUUUGUGUGAUGGUUGAAAGAGUUGGAAUAGUCGUGCUUGACACAUCAGGCAAAGCCUUAGAAACCCUGCCAAUAAAUACUGAAAAAGGUCGGAAAGUCGUCGUCUAUAAAGAUAGGAUAUACUAUACUAACAGAAAAAAGAACACUAUUCACUGCCUGAAUACAGUAGGUCAGGAAAUUUGGGUCUAUCGAGAUAAAUUGAUUGUUGAACCUUGUGGUUUAGCUGUAGCUAGCAACCUUGACGUGUUUGUAUCAUGUAGCAAAUCUAACAAUGUUAUACUUAUAAGAUGCGAUGGAAAAGAUAGCAAGAUCUUAUUGCGGAAAGGAGACAAUCUAGUUAAACCUAAAGCAAUACAUUUCAAUAGAGAAAGGAGAGAAUUAUUAGUAUGCAAUGAAAACAACCAACAUGCUGCAGUUUACAAAAUAAUAUAGAGUACUGUAUUGUGGAAAUAUUGUAUUUUCGUGGAUAUUUGAUUCUGUGGUUUUACAAAAGUCUUCAUACAAGCCUAAACAUAAUUUGUACCUCGUUGAACAUUUUAAUUCGUGGUUCACCUCAAACCACGAAAUUUACGAAAAUUGGUAUCCACAAAUUGAAUCCACAGUAUCUAAAACAUUAAAUUUAAAAAAUGUUAUUCUUUUAACAUUGUUUCCUUUAUCGUAAAUACAUUGAUGUUCUUCAAUGUGAUUGUCAAUAAUUCGCGGUAAAUGAAGGUUUUUUUUAUUGUUUUCUGUCGUCAACAUUACGAUGUUGUCAAAGUUUAUCAAAUUGAAGAAGGUUGACACAAUAUUGACGAAAAUAGGACCUGACGCAAAGUAUUGUUUAUUAAACUAAAUAAACAUCUAAAUUUCU